GCGUGCCUCAUUGCUGGUGAUUGAUGCUGCGGGUCUGUGACGCAGAGUGGCUUGGCACACGCGUGCCUUACGCCCGUAACAUCACGAGCACUUGGUAGGGUAUUUUUGGUUCUAGCGGCUGUGUUUUGGGCCAUGCUCCCCUGCUGGCGCUACUUUUCUGAUACGCUCGAAUCCGUGUAACGUGCGUGGCCGCGGAGUACUGCCGCAAGCGGCGGCUACUUCGAAUUGCUUCUCGUGACACUGCAAUCUAGCGAUGGGGACGAGAAUUGCAGCGGUUUAUAGUGGACACACGCAGAGACUCUGGAUAUGGUUCUAGAAGAAUAUGUUUGUAUAGUUGCCACUGCCAUACGUCCAAGUUUACUGUACUGCAGCUGUGGUGGAUCGUUCGUCAUUUGGGGAAUCUUAAUGUGUCCUCGCUGUUAAAUCUGCAUGUGAUAUAUUUGCUCUGUGAAGCCAGAUGACGGAAAUAGUUCGUAAGAUGGGAGAUUGUAAGACGUACAUAAGUACCUACCGCUUCCUACCGACCUCGAAAAGUCGAGAUGAGAAACAUGAAAAGUUUCCCCAGUUCCAAACGGCCCGCUUUCCAAUUCUAAGUUUUGGCCAGUCGAAGACUUUUGCUGUUGCGGAUGGAAGGAAGCGCCCUGUACUGCUGACAAAGUUUAUCAGUCGCCGCACCAGCUCAAGUCCUGGAGAACCAAGUGUAGAAGAUGACGAAGAGGGUCACCUGAUCUAUCGACCUGGCGAUUGGCUGCAAGCUAGAUAUGAAAUCAAUGGCACCCUUGGAGAAGGCACCUUUGGUAAAGUGCUGGAGGUGAAGGAUCAUCAAAGCGCUAACGGCCAAACGAUUGCACUGAAGGUGAUCAAAAAUGUGGAGAAGUACCGGGAGGCUGCGAAGCUGGAGAUCAACGUCCUCGAAAAGCUCACGGAGAAGGAUCCAAAUGGCAUAUAUUUAUCCGUACGUAUGUUGGAUUGGUUCGACUACCACGGACAUAUGUGCAUUGCUUUUGAGAUUCUGGGCCUCAGCGUGUUUGACUUUCUGAAGGACAAUGGUUACCAGCCGUAUCCACUGGACCAAGUACGACACAUAGCCUAUCAGCUAUGCCACUCUGUCAAAUUUCUGCAUGGCAACCAGCUUACCCAUACGGACCUGAAGCCAGAGAAUAUCCUAUUUGUUUCCUCCGAAUACAUGAUUGAACAAAUCCCCAAACGGGUGAGUAGUUCUCGCAGCAGACAUAAACAGAAAAAAGAAUUCAAGCGGGUGCAAAACACAGAAAUCCGUCUGAUUGACUUUGGCUCAGCAACAUUUGACCAUGAGCAUCAUAGCACCAUAGUAUCAACGAGACACUACAGAGCGCCAGAGGUGAUAUUAGAACUAGGAUGGUCACAACCAUGCGAUAUAUGGAGCAUUGGUUGUAUUAUAUUUGAACUUUACCUAGGUAUCACCAUGUUCCAGACUCACGACAACCGCGAGCAUUUAGCGAUGAUGGAGCGCAUCUUGGGUCCACUGCCUUACCGACUCUGUCGGCGGUCGAAGACCAAGUACUUCUACCACGGCCGGCUGGAGUGGGAUGAGCGCAGCCCCGCUGGUCGCUACGUCAAAGAUAAUUGCAAGCCCUUGAAGAGGUACGUCAUCAGUGACGAUGAUGAGACGCGGGAACUGUUUGACCUCAUCUCGCACAUGCUCGACUACGACCCGUCAGUCCGCAUCACACUCAAAGAUGCGUUGAAGCAUCCGUUCUUCGACCGACUGCCGAUGGAACAUAGGGUGCCUCCUGGUAGAGCUGGCGCAGAGAAGUAUAACUCAUGCACGUUAUUCAAUCUAAGGUCGUCAUCACCCGCACCCCAUCCCAUGCAAACAGCAGCACAGUACUACUGGUGACGAGUGGCCAAGGGCCUGCUGUCAACCACGCAAGCGCGAGUCAGCAGGAGCGGAGACCAAGUGAACAUGUCUUUCCACAGUGUAGCCUGUGUGCUGAAGUCUCUCAUUGUUAUGCCUUUGCAUUGCGAGUUGUCGCUAGUCGUAGUAGUUGGCGUUGUAAACACUGAUGUGUUUCCGCUUUGGAUUGCCUGGUUGGUUUUUCUUCUCCUUCUUCUUCCCCUUCUUUUUUUCUGUUGAUCUGCUCCCCUAGUUCUUGCUUAACCUAGGUUUCACUAUACAAAUUAGCACAGCAUACAAUAAUUUCUGCAAAAUGAAACUAACAAUUGACUCAGUUUUAGUAAUGCUAUAAAUUCUUUUAUUUUAGAAAAAGUAGAUCAAGUUAUAUGUAUCGAGUCCUUUUUUGGAAAGAAAUAGUGAGAAACACGUGCACUAACCUGAGUAUAAUUUCAAUGCAGAAAUUGCAAUCUCAAUCAUAAAUCGUCUGACCAACACAACUUAAAGUAAUGAAUAAACUUUCUUUACUUCAACCGGAGGUGAAUAAGCUAUUAAUGUUGCGUUCUGUACAGUGUUCAAAGGUAAAACGACAUUUGUUAAGCUGAACACCCUCGUCUCGACUAUUGCACCCCUUUGAACUUGGAACUAAUUCGCAUUGUAUGUCUCCUGUGCAAACGCAAUCAUUGGUGGCUGUAUAAUGCGAGGACAGACCAUGUUUCGCUGCUAGGAUAUGUUCUCGCGAAGCCUAUACGUGACAGAACAUGCUAGUUUGAGUGAGUAGGCAAUAAAGUUACUAGCAUAGACUGUGAUCGUUACAGUUGGGGAUUUAGCUUGGCCACAAAUAUUCUCCACAUCAGGGCAAGCCAUGUAAUAUUUAUUUGAACAAUUAGUACAACUAAUAUUUUAUGGAAAUUAAAUAUCUAUUAUACAUAGUUUCCUUUCUAAAAUCUCUUACGUUUGACCCGGAUGUAAAUGUUUUAUCGUACAUUAUUUGAACUACCUUUUACUGCUCUUAUUAUUAAUUCAUUAAUUCAUUCGGGCAUUCAAAAGAUUUUUUAUAGAAUAGUUAUUUAUAACAGUAUAAUAGUGUAUUUUUGUUCGAUUAACAUAUAACACUAUAAUUUCUCUAUGAGAAUUGUUUUGUGUAAUGCUAAGUUAAAAUCUAAUCAGGAUCAUCAACCGUCUUGAACAAGUGGAAGUAGUGUACUGGGGCUAAUCUCCCUUUCUUUUUAUCUCCUGCAGUCUGUAUUAUAUUUGGAAACUAGGCUAUUGGUACUUGGGUAGCAGUCACGGAUAUAUCCUCUCUCGUACUCUAAAUUGCUCGCCACACAAACUUGUAAUAAAACGUUAUAUUUUAUCGUGAGAUCUUUAGGACGUGGAAGGAGUCUAGAAUUUCAAUGUCAAAUCUUUUACAGUUAUUUUAUGUACGUAUAACGUUUGUGAAGUGGCGUUAGAAAACCAUUUUCAUUGUUUACCUGUACUUGUGCUUUAAACCUAAUCAGUUCCCAUGUUCUGUAAGUCUUAUGUCGGCUUGGCAGAAAAUUGCUAUACUCCUAUUUUUACUGAUCUAUGUCUCGUAUCCUUUGACCUACUCGAAAUGUCAUUUCGUCAAUUAGGACUUUUAUGACUUAUGAUGUUUAUUUUCAGGCAAUGAAGGUGUACCCUUUUCUUCCUUUGGCUGAUCAGACUGUGACUUUAUAUGAUAGAUGCACUCAAUCUGCUGUAAUUUACCAGUAUUAUGUUACUCUGUGUAUGUUUGAUUGGCUCAAAUAUGUUGCAAUUUUCCUUGUAUGCCAUUUUUGUUACUGGUAAACAAAAAAUGACGUGCGUAGAAUUUACACGUGAAACUUGGGUUCACUUGCACUUGUAUAGCCUGGUAGGAUAGUACCUUUUAUAACCAGUGUCCAUAAAAGUAAUUAGCGCCAAAGACGUGUUAAAGUAUGUUUGCCAGGUAGACAUGCCUGACUCUGCUUUACUUCCAAGUAUCCCUUAACAUUGUUCUAGCAAUUCGCUGCUAACAACACAGUGGGGAAGAAUGUAACCAUGAAUAGACGAGAUCUUGAGCAUCUAAGAGUCGAAUAACAUCAACCUCGUUGAUUUAACUUUAGCUAGUUUAACACGUAACACGGUGUUCGUCUUCAAUAUACCACUAAUGUGGCACCCGUGAAUGAUGACAGAGUUGUGUGCACGAGUCCGAUUGUGCAUAGGUCUGCCACCGGUACAUGCAUCAUAUUUUGAAAGCAUGCGCGUGUGUGGUAUAAGUGGAUGCGUGUGUAUGCGUGCGUGCGUGCGUAAUAGAGUUGUAGUUCUUCUAUAUCACAUAUAUGUAUAGGUAAAUGCUGGUCUGCAACAGACUGAUUUGCAGUGUUAUAUUUUGUAAAUAAUAAUAAUGAGCUCACGACGCUAUACAAUGUAAGUAUUGAAGUUAUGUAUUUAGUGUGUGUGCGUGAGAGACAGAGCACGCGAGAGAGAACGUGAUUUUUAUGGCUAGGUAGGAAAAUUUGUAAGUGCAUGACCACAAAGCAGAAUGCUUUUGUUGAAAUUAACAACUUGCAAUAUUCUGAGGCACACGUAGUGGCUAGUUGUACCUCUGAUUGCUAUGAGUGCAGCUGCGGAGAAUGUGUGUAUUUCAGGCUUCAUUCCACGAGCGGCGUUUGCAGAGUUCUGUGGCGAUAUGACAGUACAUGUGGCGUAGCUGGAGAGUGUAUCAAAAUCUGCAGCACUGACGACUUUUGCUUUGUAGUGGCCUCGUGUAAGCAGUUAUGUACUAUUUUACAGCCAAUUAGGUGCAACAGAUAACAUACACUUGUAUAUUAGCAGGAGAGUCACAUCCAACAAGCAUUUCGUUUACAAAACUGAUGGUGCAAUUGAUUUGUGGCGAUUUUAAGCUAUUGAAAUUUCAACACGCUGUCAGAUACCACACAUGACUGUAUAAUGUAUUUAAAGUCGAGUGUGGCGACUCAGUAUUAAUGAGCAUCUGACAUUUGUAUUUUUCUCAAUUCACUCAUGGUAACUAUCUGCAGACAAUGUAAUGAGGCCAAAUCGAGGUGUUAGGGGCUUUGUAUUAAUAAUUUGUGGAGUCCUUGGAUUGGAUCAUUGCUAACCUGUUAGUGACAUUAAAGAUAGCUAUUUGCAAAGAAAGCCCAUCAUAAUAUGAAGAUUUUCCUAUAGCAUUUUGUAAGGUCCUGUAAAAUUUGUUACCUAAUUCUGCUAAAAUGAAUUAGCAGGUGGUAAAAUGAUUGGAAAUAAAUACCUAUCUUUUAUGACAAAAGUA